AUGUCUUCAAUUAGAGAAAAAGACCAAGUACAAGUAAAUAGACUUGAGGGUGAUCUUGCGCAUUCGGAUUCCUCUACCACUCAUAAUUCAAUUGUUACACAAGAUCAACCUACAAAAACAGAAGCUGAUACUACAAACGACGUUGAAUUAGGACACCAACUUACAAGAACAUCAACUAUUCAAUCCGUACAAAAGAAGAUGAGCAACUUGUUGGAUAAUCCAAUCUUCUCUGGCUUUUUGCUGAUUCUAGCUGGUGUCACAAUCGCAUUUCAAGCAGGCUGUAAUGCUACAUUAAAUCGAUAUGGAGGAAGAGCUUUUUCUUCUGUAAUAUCAUUCUCUGUGGGGGUAGCCUGUUGUCUGAUAUUUUUUGCAGUCGAUGUUACUGUUGGCAACACACCUUUGCCCAACGAUCGUGUCAAAACUGCACCGUGGUAUGCUUGGAUUGGUGGUAUUCUUGGUGCCUACUACGUGAUUAUCAACAUUUUGACAGUGCCAAGAUUAGGCGCAGCCACCGUGCUAAGUAUUUUUGUUUGUGCACAGAUUAUUAUGGCUUGUUUAAUUGACCAUUUUGCUUUGGUGGGUGUGGCUAAAAGAACAUAUACUGUGUGGAGAAUACUAGCAUCUUUUGGGCUAGUGGGAUGUGUAGUAGUUAUUGCAAAAUUCUAG